AUGACUUCGCAUAUAUGGGCUAUUCUGAAUAAUCGUGAGUCCUUGUGGGUUAAGUGGGUUUAUGAUUAUAAGCUUAAAGGCCGUAGUUUCUGGGAUAUCCCUUUACAUUCUGGGGUUAGCUGGGGGUGGCGUAAACUUCUACAACUACGCCCUAAUAUACGUCCCCAUAUUCGAUCACAAAUUGGUAAUGGUAUGGAUACAUCUAUAUGGUUUGAUAGCUGGUGCCCGUCUAGCCCAACUAUUCAACAUGUAACUCCUAGAGCAAUUGCUAGCACAGGUUUCUCUAUGCAAAAUACUGUAGCAGAUCUGUACGAGAAUGGUGAGUGGAAGUUUCCUGUUGCUUGGUAUGACUUAUUUCCGGUACUCAUCAGCCUUCCUUCUUUACACUUACAGGAUAGGUCUGAUUCAUUAUUAUGGCGUGACCAUCUCGAUCGUGACAUGAAUUAUUCAUCUACUAAUGUUUGGGAUACUAUUCGUCAUAAGGGUAAUGUAGUUACGUGGGUGAAUUUGGUCUGGUUUCCUCAAUGCAUUCCAAGGCAUGCUUUUCAUUUGUGGCUGGUCAUGCGCAAAAAACUCAAAACUCAGGAUAGAAUGAAGUAUUGGGAUGCAGGAAGUGAAACAAAUUUGCGUUUGAUGUGUUGUUCUUUUUGUCAACGAGGGUUGGAUUCUCACUCACAUUUGUUCUUUGAAUGUGAAUUUUCUUCAUUAGUUUGGAAUGAAGUAAAGUCGCUUGCUGAUCUUCAACACCUCCCGAAUCAAUGGGAGGCUAUUGUUUCAUGGAUGAUUGCGCAACAGCAGCAAAAUACAGCACAAAUUAUUAUUGCUAAACUAGUGCUAGCUGCGGUGUCUUAUUUUGUUUGGCAGGAACGUAAUAAUCGAUUGUUUUCUACUAAAAAACGUUCUGCCAUGGCACUUGUGGAGGUGAUUAAGUAUACGGUGAGGUUAAAGCUUCUUUCUAUGCGUUUCAAGAAUACAAAUCGGGUGCAACACUUGCUUGAGAAAUGGAAGUUACCAAGAAGGCUGACUUUUGAUAAUGGCUAA